ACUCAGUCCGGUAUUUCCAAAUCUCUAUCUUCUUCAGGUCGUCAGAAAUUUUCAGAUCUCUGUAAUCAAUUUCUCUCCCAUUGUUUUUUUCUCCUUUCUUUGGAAGAGACUUCCGGAGAAUAAUCAGACACAAAUUUCAUUCAAGACUUGACUCUUGUCUUCUUACUACAUUUGCCUCACACCGUUUUCCCAACAAUUUUUUUAAUUUCUUGGUUUGAUUCAAUUUUAUAUAUUUAUUGUCCACAAAUUCUCCUCAAAUUGUCGAAGAUUGAAAAUUCCCAAAUUUCCCUGAAUCUACGGUGUUGAUUCGCCGAUAAAGUGCGAAUUUUUUGGAUGUGGGGAUGAAGGAUCGGCGAUGUGGAGGGAGAGUGGAGUGAAAUGGAGGGGGCUAGAUCGGAGGCCGUGUCGGUGCUGGUGAAGGGGGAGAAAUUGCUGCCGUUGCAGGGAGGAGGGCCGGUGAUCCAGAGGACGAGGUUGCAGGUUUGGUUCAUUAGGGUUUGUUCCAGCAUUCUAAUAUGGACCUGCUUGGUUCAGCUCAUCGCGGUAUCCGAACUCUGGCAUCCGCGCUUGAUCGCCGGAGUUUCUACGAUCUCCCAUGCAGUCGACGAUGGCCUGCCGGCGCUGCCACCCCCGCCUCUUCUUCCCGCCAGGAAUUACACGAGCAAUGGUUUUCUUAGAGUUUCUUGCAAUGGUGGCUUGAAUCAAAUGCGUGCUGCGAUAUGUGACAUGGUGACAGUAGCUAGAUUUUUAAACUUGACUUUGGUUGUGCCAGAGCUUGACAAGACAUCAUUCUGGGCUGAUACUAGUGAUUUUGAGGAUAUUUUUGACGUAAGGCACUUCAUUGAUUCAUUAAGGGAUGAAGUUAAAAUUAUUAGGAGGUUACCGAAGAGAUUUGGGAGGAGAUAUGGCUACCAACCCCUUGUUAUGCCUCCUAUUAGCUGGUCAAAUGAAAAAUACUACUUGGAACAGAUUCUCCCUCUAUUCAACAAGCACAAGGUAAUACACUUCAAUAGGACAGAUGCAAGACUGGCCAAUAAUGGCUUACCUCUAGAACUUCAGAGACUCCGAUGUCGUGUCAAUUUCCAGAGCCUAAAAUUUACACCCCAGAUUGAAGGUUUGGGUCAGAAAUUGGUUCACAUGCUUCAAGAGAAAGGACCUUACCUUGCAUUGCAUCUAAGGUAUGAGAUGGACAUGUUGGCUUUCUCGGGUUGUACUCAUGGCUGUACAAUACAGGAAGCUGAUGAGCUCAAGAGAUUAAGGUAUGCAUUCCCUUGGUGGAGGGAAAAAGAAAUAGACUCUAAAGAGCGUAGGUCUCAAGGUUUAUGUCCUCUAACCCCGGAGGAGGCAUCGUUGGUUUUGCAAGCUUUGGGUAUUGAGAAGGAUACACAAAUAUAUAUUGCGUCUGGUGAGAUAUAUGGCAGUGAGCGAAGGCUUGCUGCUCUAAGAUCUGCAUUCCCAAGGACUGUAAAAAAGGAAACACUGCUUGGUCCUGAAGGUUUGCAGCACUUCCAGAACCAUUCAUCUCAAAUGGCUGCUCUGGAUUUUGUAGUGUCAGCUGCCAGUAAUGUAUUUAUUCCCACUUAUGAUGGCAACAUGGCAAAACUUGUCGAAGGUCACCGUAGGUAUCUAGGGUUCAAGGAAACCAUCCAACUGGACCGGAGAGGUCUGGUACAAUUGUUGGAUUUACAUCAGAACGGAACACUUCCUUGGGACAGAUUUUCAGAUGCCGUCCGGCAGGCCCACGAGGGGAGAAUUGGGCAGCCAGCCCAUCGUAAAGUUAUUGCAGACAAGCCCAAAGAAGAAGAUUACUUUUACGCUAAUCCUUAUGAGUGUCUGUGCAAGAGCCCGAGGUGCGACGAUGACUCGUUAAGACAUAAUGACAACAACUCAACUGUGACCCGGUGAGGAAAAUGUUCCACAACAGGUCCCACUCUAACACCUCCGCCAAAUAUAGAGUUGCAAGAGAGACGCGGCCAAGACACAAACGUGACGAGUGAAGUGUACAAAUGAUUCUUUGGAAGUGUUACAGAAACAUGACUUGUGAUUUGUACCAUGUUUGAUGGGUGUUGUAAUAUGGGUCCAUUUGGAGAUGUAUUCAUUCAUUCUGUUGAUAUUAGGUUAUUUCCUUUGGUUUUGACACAAUGAUUCAUUUGUUUUUCUUGUAACCCAAAAGUCACUCUGAUCUCAUCAACAGACCUCACACACCCUUCCACUCAAUGAAUUUUGUACUCAUAC